AUGAAAGCGAAAACCUCAACAACAGCGAAUUUUCAUCAUGCUCAUGUUUGUUUACUUGUUGAAAUUGACAAAAAUAAAAAUGAAAAGAAUGAGAUGAGAGUAAUAAAACAUAAAAAAUAUUCAGAAAUUCAAUUCAGUUUAGCGGAGAAAGCACAAGCAACUCCAGUCGUAUUUUCUUUAAGAUUGUUUUACUCAAAUGGAGAGCAAACAAAUGAAAUGAAAAGAAAAUUCGAAGAUGUCAUGUGUUCAGUCCAUUCACCCACAAAUUCAGUUAUCGCGCAAAAGUCUUAA